AUGCCGCCCAGCUGCAGGUCUGCUGGGGACAAGGGACAUGGCUGGCACCAGCGCUACAGUGUCCUGUGCUCCUGGGCCUGGGUCUUGCAGGAUUCUGUGGAAUGGCGGAUGGGAUCCUGCGGGAUCCUGCAGGAGGGCAGAACGGAUUCUGCAGGAUCUUGUGGAGCCGUCUGGGCCUCCUGCUCCCGCUGCGCCGUGCAGUGCGGGAUCUGUGUGCGUCCCCAGCAGGGCCCCCCGCAGGGUCCCGGCUUGCGAGAUGCCCUGGCCGCUGCCUGUGCCUUGCAGAGCACCUUGGUGGCCAGAACCCCGGGACUUGUUCCCUGUGGGGAGAGGAUGGCCCAGGGGAAUGAGAUCUGUGCUGGUGGGAAAGAGCACGUGUUGGCUUCUCCUCCCACCCCGGCAUUCGCUCGGUGCCCAGCACUCUUUCAUGUGUUGUUCAAGGGCUCCUCUCACCUGCCACAACAGCUGAAGUUCACAACCUCGGACUCCUGUGACCGCAUCAAAGAUGAGUUCCAGCUCCUGCAGGCCCAGUAUCACAGCUUGAAGUUGGAAUGUGACAAACUAGCCAGUGAGAAAUCGGAGAUGCAGCGCCACUACGUCAUGUAUUACGAGAUGUCCUACGGGCUGAAUAUCGAAAUGCACAAACAGGCUGAAAUUGUGAAGAGGUUAAAUGGCAUUUGUGCUCAGGUCCUGCCCUACCUUUCACAAGAGCAUCAGCAGCAAGUCCUGGGAGCCAUUGAACGAGCCAAGCAGGUGACAGCGCCGGAGCUGAACUCCAUCAUCCGUCAGCAGCUUCAAGCUCACCAGCUCUCGCAGCUCCAAGCCCUCGCUCUGCCGCUGACUCCGCUCCCCGUGGGCCUGCAGCCGCCAUCGCUCCCUGCCGUCAGCGCCGGCACGGGGCUCCUCUCGCUGUCGGCGCUGGGCUCCCAAGCUCACCUCUCCAAGGAGGACAAGAACGGCCACGACGGGGACGCUCCCGGGCAGCCCUUCAAGUUCUCGGUUCUGGAGAUCUGCGACCGCAUCAAGGAGGAAUUUCAGUUCCUGCAGGCGCAGUACCACAGGUGCGGGCGUUAG